UAUUUACCUGUUGCCAAAUUAAAUCGACGUUAUUUUAAUAAGAAGAAUCUUGUCUUUUACAAUAUACGACAUAAAGUGUAAUUGAACCUUUUACAUUGUCGAAUAAGCAGGAAAAGCCAACCGGUAGAAUUUAUCAUUCACACCUCUUGUUUUAUAUAUUUGCUUACGUGUCUGUCUACACUACAGUUUACAGUAUUUCAACUAUUUCAUAAGUUAAAUAAUCUACCAUCUGUGAACAUGGCACCAAAAGUAAACGUAAAAGAAAGAUUCAAUGAUGGUGAAAUAGAUCUGAGUAUGUCAGAUUUAAAUGAUGUGCCAGUGAAAGAAAUAUUAACAUUAAAACGGGUAUACAGUUUGGACUUAUCUAAUAAUAGUUUAACAAGGCUUCCUAAGUCGUUUUCAACUUUAACUAGCCUUAGUGUGUUAGAUUUGAGUAGAAACGGGUUAAAGGAACUACCAGAAGAUUUUGGAAAUCUGAUUAAAUUGCGACAUUUGGACCUUUAUCGCAAUCAACUUCAACAGUUACCAUUGAGUUUUAGCAAAUUGAAAAGUCUGAAAUGGUUGGAUUUAAAAGAUAAUCCUCUGGUUCCAGCUGUAUCUAAAGUAGCAGGUCUAUGUAUUGAUACUAAAGCUUGCCAGACUUGUGCUAAGAACAUCAUAGAUUUUUAUUCUAGACUUGAGAGUCAAGUAGCUGCAGAAUUGGAAAUGAGAAACAGGGACAGGCAGAAGCAGUUGGAAUUCAAUCAAAAGAAGAAACAGGAGGAGAAAAAGGAGAUGAAAAAACAGAAGCACAAAGAAAAGAAAAACACACCAAAAUCUUCAGAACCCAAGAAAGCUGAUGUAGAAAAAGUUAACAUAGUCAAAUCUAAAGAUGUCAAGGUAGAGAAGAAAUCGAGAUCAUUCUUUGCCAGUGUGUUAAAACUUUUCUUCCUAGUAUUGAGUGUAUACUUAUCUUAUGUUUUUAUCAAAGUUAAAAAUGCAGAAGAUAUAAUUAGUUCUGCUAGAGCCAUGGUCAUUGAUGAUUAUUUUAAAGUUUUAAGUGUUUCUCAAGUUUGGUGGAAAGAAUUUUUGAUUGUUUCAAAAGUUUGGUGGAAAGAAUUUUUAAUUGUUUCUGAAGUUUGGCGGAAAGAAUUUUUAGUUGUCUCUCAAGUUUGGUGGAAACAAUUUUUAGAUGUUUCACAAGCUUUGUGGAAAAUUACGAGAAACUAUGUGCACGAAUUUUAUAAUAAUUAUGCUGGAAAUUAAUCGAUUAUAAAUAACGUGUAAUUUAGAUUAUUGUUAACAAAUUUUGUACCUAAAAUUAUGUAUAAAUAGACAAUUUUGAAAUAAAU